UAUACUAUAGAAACUCAACAUACAGAAACCUCUAUUUUGGGCAGACACACUCUCUCUUCCAAUAUCUCUCUGCAAAUCUAGACAGAAAAAUAUUGAUCAAGAACCCUUUUAAUCUACAUCUCUCUCUCUCUCUCUCUCUAAUACUGAUCAAGAACCCUUGUUAACUCUCCCUCUCUCUCUUUCUCUCUCUCUGACCUAAAAACACAAACCCCAAAUUAUUAAUCUUUAUUAUUAGCAAAUAAAAAUAUCGCCUUCCUUCAAUCUCUCAAAGUUCAUCGGACUUUAUGCUGACCGGAAAGAGGGUUUCCGAGGGAGAGGUUGUAGUCGAGGAGUCUUCUUCUUUGAUCAAAAAGCAAAAGAUCGAAAGCGUUUUUCCGACAAUGGGGGGAAAGAAUGUUAGUAAUGGUAAAGAUAUGAUUGAGAGGAGCUCACCUGAUAUUGAUGAGGAUUUGCAUAGUAGACAGCUUGCUGUUUAUGGCCGCGAGACUAUGAGGCGUCUUUUUGCCUCCAAUAUCCUUGUUUCCGGGAUGCAAGGACUUGGCGCUGAGAUUGUGAAAAACCUUGUUCUUGCUGGAGUCAAGUCUGUGACUUUACAUGAUGAGGGGGACGUGGAAUUGUGGGAUUUAUCUAGCAGUUUUGUUUUCUCGGAGGAUGAUGUGGGCAAGAAUCGCGCACUUGCUUCGGUGCCCAAACUUCAAGAGUUGAACAAUUCUGUUGUUGUUUCGGCUUUGACUAAUGAAUUGACCAAGGAACACCUCGCUGGUUUUCAGGUUGUGGUAGUCACUGAUAUCAGCCUAGAAAAGGCAAUUGAAUUUGAUGACUUCUGCCAUAAUCAUCAGCCUCCAAUUGCUUUCAUCAAAUCUGAGGUACGAGGUCUUUUUGGUAGUGUAUUUUGUGACUUCGGACCGGAGUUUACUGUGCUUGAUGUCGAUGGUGAGGAUCCACAUACGGGCAUCAUUGCAUCUAUUAGCAAUGACAACCCUGCGCUAGUUUCAUGUGUUGAUGAUGAGAGACUUGAGUUUCAAGAUGGAGAUCUGGUCAUAUUCUCAGAAGUUCAUGGAAUGGCAGAAUUAAGUGAUGGAAAGCCAAGAAAGGUUAAAAAUGUAAGACCAUAUUCAUUUUCUAUUGAAGAGGACACCACAAACUAUGCUCCAUAUGUGAAAGGUGGCAUGGUCACCCAAGUUAAGCAACCAAAAGUUUUCAAGUUUAAGACACUACGAGAAGCACUCGUGGAUCCUGGUGAAUUUCUUUUGAGUGAUUUCUCCAAGUUUGACCGACCUCCUCUUUUACAUUUGGCAUUUCAAUCACUGGACAAGUUUUUAUCAGAAGUGGGACGCUUCCCUGUUGCUGGAUCAGAUGAGGAUGCUCAGAAAUUGAUAUCUUUGGCCACUGGCAUCAAUGAUAGCUUGACCAAUGGGAAAAUUGAAGAUAUAGACAAGAAGCUUCUUCGUAACUUUGCUUAUGGUGCUAGGGCAGUGCUAAACCCAAUGGCUGCUAUGUUUGGCGGCAUUGUUGGACAAGAAGUCGUGAAGGCUUGCUCAGGGAAGUUCCAACCUCUUUAUCAGUUCUUUUACUUUGAUUCUGUUGAAUCUCUUCCGGUUGAACCUCUGGAAGCUGAUGACCUAAAGCCAUUGAAUAGUCGUUACGAUGCCCAAAUCUCGGUGUUUGGAUCUAAGCUACAGAAAAAGCUAGAGAAUGCCAAAGUUUUCAUGGUAGGAUCUGGUGCUCUAGGAUGUGAGUUUUUGAAAAACGUAGCUUUAAUGGGGGUAUCAUGUGGUAAUGAUGCGAAGCUAACAAUUACAGAUGAUGAUGUCAUUGAGAAGAGUAAUCUUAGUCGGCAGUUCCUUUUCCGUGAUUGGAAUAUUGGCCAGGCCAAAUCAACAGUUGCUGCCACAGCAGCUUCUGGAAUAAACCCGAGUCUUCACAUCGAGGCACUCCAAAACCGUGCAAGCCCUGAGAGUGAGAAUGUUUUCGAUGAUACAUUUUGGGAAAACCUGAGUGUUGUCAUCAAUGCACUAGAUAAUGUGAAUGCAAGGCUCUACAUUGAUCAAAGGUGCUUGUAUUUCCAAAAACCACUAUUGGAGUCUGGAACCCUUGGUGCCAAGUGCAACACACAAAUGGUCAUCCCUCAUUUGACCGAGAACUAUGGAGCCUCGAGGGACCCACCUGAGAAGCAAGCGCCAAUGUGCACUGUACACUCAUUCCCACACAACAUUGAUCACUGCCUGACCUGGGCUCGUUCUGAGUUUGAUGGUCUGCUUGAAAAGACACCAGCUGAAGUAAACGCCUAUUUAACCAAUCCUAGUGAAUAUACAAAUGCUAUUAGGAAUGCUGGAGAUGCACAAGCCCGAGAUAAUGUGGAACGUGUUCUUGAAUGCCUUGAUAAGGAGAGAUGUGAAACUUUGCUAGAUUGCAUAUCCUGGGCCCGUUUGAAGUUUGAAGACUACUUUGCAAGCCGUGUGAAGCAGUUGACUUUCACCUUUCCCGAGGAUGCUACUACCAGUAAUGGUACACCAUUCUGGUCUGCCCCAAAACGUUUCCCCUGGCCAUUGAAAUUUUCUUCUGAUGAUCCAAGUCACCUUUAUUUUGUAAUGGCGGGUUCUAUCUUACGAGCAGAGACAUUCGGCAUUCCAAUUCCCGAAUGGGUUAAAUCUCCUAGUAAGUUAGCUGAUGCUAUUAACAAAGUGGUAGUCCCUGAGUUCCAGCCCAAGAAAGAUGUAAAGAUUGUCACAGAUGAGAAAGCCACUACACUUUCUGCUGCAUCUGUAGAUGAUGCUGCAGUGAUCAAUGACUUGAUCAUGAAGCUAGAAACAUGUCACAAGAAAUUGCCACCGGGUUUCAAAAUGAAUCCAAUUCAGUUUGAGAAGGAUGAUGACACUAAUUAUCAUAUGGAGCUUAUAGCUGGACUUGCCAACAUGAGAGCUAGGAAUUAUAGCAUUCCCGAGGUCGACAAGCUCAAGGCUAAAUUUAUUGCUGGAAGGAUCAUUCCUGCUAUCGCCACCUCCACUGCCAUGGCCACUGGUCUCGUCUGCCUGGAGCUUUAUAAGGUUCUCAGUGGAGGUCACAAAGUGGAGGACUACCGCAACACCUUUGCAAACCUGGCACUUCCUUUAUUUUCAAUGGCUGAGCCAGUCCCCCCUAAGGUGAUAAAGCACCAGGGCAUGAGCUGGACAGUGUGGGACAGAUGGAUACUGAGAGACAACCCAUCUUUGAGAGACUUGCUUCAGUGGCUAAAAGACAAAGGGUUGAACGCAUACAGUAUUUCCUAUGGGAGCUGCUUGCUUUAUAACAGCAUGUUCCCCAGGCACAGAGAUCGCAUGGAUCGGAAGAUGGUUGAUCUGGCAAAGGAAGUUGGAAAAGCAGAGCUACCAUCACACCGGUGCCAUUUUGAUGUUGUAGUGGCCUGUGAGGACGAUGAAGACAAUGAUGUAGACAUUCCUCAGGUUUCUAUAUACUUCAGUUAGGCUGUUUCUGCUAAUCUACUUAAGUUUCGAGAAUCCAAGAGAAGGACUCGGCGUCACCUGAUCAAUAAAAGACUUGAAAUGUCCUAUAUAAGCAUCCGGUAUUAGGAUUAUCUCCUCGCUACAAUCCUGAUGUUGGUGCUCUGCGUUACAUUACUAAAUUACUGGUUUUCAUUUGAAAGCAGACUUGAAAUGCGCGAACCUCGUAUCAAAACAUUUGAACAUUCGUCUUGUUUCUUGAUGACCCAUUUGUAUUUUGCUUUGCUUCUGUCUGAAAGCAACUGUUCCAACCUUAUGAUGAUGCAGCCAGCUUAAAAGCUGCUGCUAGCCUAUGGAUUUGCUUGUGGGUUUAUAUUAAUCUUCGAUUUCUUUGAAGAAAACUUUUUAUCCUCUUGAA